AUGAGGAUCCCUCAGGGCGUUCUCCUGCUUGCUGUCACGGCCAUGUCAAUGGCUGAUAGUAUUCCGAAUUUCAACGCGACCGGGCUCCAGAAGAGAAUGGAGGAAUCACCUGGUUGCGCCGAGCCCGACAAAGAUGGUCACAGAUUUCGCUGGGCUGCGUGCACAGCUGAAGUGGGUUCUGAGUCAGGUACACCAAUGACAACCGGAUGGGAUGAAGGAGAGGACUGGUGCUGGCUUAGCUCAGACGAAACAACUCGUCAGUCAUGCAGUGAUGGCGAUGCUGGCACGUUGGAAUCAGGCGAUAAGUGCCUUGGUUACAGUGUUUGGCCUCAUAAGAAGCUCCAGUACAAGCAUGGAGGCUGUCCUCCAGGUGGUCAACACCAAUAG